AAAAACACUAUAAAUAGAACCAACAUCUCUCAGUCCCACCCAUCUUCCUGAAGCUCGACCCGCAAAGCCCCAUGUCAUCGUCCGGCAAGCAGCACCAUCCACCUCCGGAACCCGACGCUGAGCCGGGUCCGGCGGCGAAGCGGGCCCGACCCGAACCUGCGACCGGUUCGCCCAAACCGCCCGAUUCGCUCCGAGUAGCCCUCAAUCCGGCUGACUGCGAUCUAGAUUUUGAUAUUGGUGGGAACGGCCUUCGAGGGCAUGGACUUCAUGAACAAGGAUUUGCCUAUUGUUGGUCUGGUGCUCGAGCUAAUGUUGGGAUAAGAAGAGGAAAAUAUUGCUUUGGUUGUAAAAUUGUCUCAGAGCAAGUUGUUGACUUGGUGGAUACUCCAUCUGAUCAGCAACACGUGGCUCGUGUUGGAAUCUCAAGAGGGGAUGACCCUGUUGGAAACCUGGGAGAAACCCUGCAUAGUUUUGGGUUUGGCGGUACAGGGAAAUACUCAAAUGCGAGGAAGUUUACAGAUUAUGGUGAAAAUUUUGGUGUAGGUGAUACAAUUGUUUGUUGUGUAGACCUCGAGAGUAGGCCCCUAGCAACAAUUGGGUUCUCCAAGAAUGGGAAAUGGUUGGGUAUUGCUUCACAAUUUGAUGCAAGUUCACGGGGCCUUUGUGUGGUUGACACUCCUGUAAAAGACCUACCCUGGGAAUCUGCAUUAUUUCCACACGUGCUACUGAAAAAUGUGGUAGUUCAGCUCCAGUUUAGUGUCGAGGAUGGAUUGAUUCCUGAAGAAGGCUUUAAGCCAUGGAAUUGUGCUACUGGAGAAGGAAAUGCUAUACUUGGGCCGUCAUUUUCCAGUCCUGAAGAAUGUGAGGUCUUGAUGAUGGUUGGGCUACCAGCAUCUGGGAAAACUACAUGGGCAGAGAAAUGGGUGAAGGAACAUCCAGAAAAAAGAUAUGUUAUACUUGGAACAAACCUUGCUUUGGAUCAGAUGAAGGUACCAGGACUGAUACGAAAACAUAAUUAUGGUGAGCGUUUCGAGCGCCUGAUGGACCGCGCCACCGGAAUAUUCAAUACAUUGUUAACGCAAGCUUCUAAGACACGGCGGAAUUACAUUCUUGAUCAGACAAAUGUGUACAAGAGUGCUCGUAAUCGCAAAUUAAAGGCAUUUGUAAAUUACCGCAAGAUUGCGGUUGUUGUAUUUCCAACACCUAAUGAGUUAAAGUGUCGAGCUGAGAAGCGGUUUAAAGAGAUGGGGAAAGAAGUACCUCAAGAUGCAGUGAAUGAGAUGCUAGCCAACUAUGUUUUACCAGCAAGUAAAGACAUGCCUCGUUCAAAUGAGGUUUUCGAUGAGGUUAUAUUUACUGAACUAGGGAGAGAGGAGGCACAAAGGCACUUAGAUGAAAUGAAGUGCGAACUGAGAUCUGCUUCUAAUUUGACCGCAAAGCCUAAUUUCUCACCAAAUUCUCGUGCAAGCUCCGUCCAAUCAUUUUCCUGUCCAGUGUUCAUGAAUAAAGGAGUUACUCCAGCUGUUGGAGGACAUUGGCCAUAUCAUCAAUCGGCAUCCAUCUUUCCCCAUCAUGAUAAUCUGAGUCCCCUACAAGUUAACCCAUCAUAUCCAUCACCUGAUUCUUUUGUUGAUAACCAGGCAAGGUUAGGUGAAGCUAUUCCCCAUCUUCCGAAUAAUAGCUCAUAUAAUCAUUAUUCAAAGAAUGAUACAACUGCAUACCAAAGAGAUGGUUUUGAUCCUUAUAAGCGCUCUACCGACUCCGGUCCUUAUAUGAGAAAUGCCUCUGAAAGGAGUUUCUCAUCCAUUGCUGAUGCAGACCCUUAUCGAUCGUACAGAGCAACAGAUAACUCCACAAGGCUGAGCUUUGAGAGUUCGAGAUCUAUGGGGAUAGCUGGUCAUGGGUAUCGAUCAGAUCCACCCUCUUAUAGCAGUCCUGGUGCACAUCUUCAUGAUCCCAGAGUUCAGCAAGUUCCUCAAGAUGGAUUUGGAAGACCAAGAUUUGAAAGUUCCAGCCCUAUUGGCAGGCCUUACUACAACUAUCCUUUAGAUCCUCCACCAUCAUAUAGCAGUCCAAGUCCACACCCGCACAUGCCAAGAGUUUCUCCACUCGAACGCAAUGUUUCAAGGUCACCAUAUGAGUGGAGUAACUCUCAUCAAACGACAUAUGGUUCGCCUUACGGGCCUCCUGCACCUAGGCCUCCAUCUGGGACGCCUCCAGCAAUGAACCACCCUCAUGGUUCAUGGUAUCGCUGACGACAAUCAAGGACGCAACUUUGCACGUGAUCUCACCGUGCAAAGUUCUGAUUGACAAAUGAGAUGUUCGAAACUUUACAUAACCAAUGUUGCGUCAGGAUGUGUGUAUAUGGUGAACUCUGAACCUGAUACUUUGUAAUGCGGUAUGUGCGCUUGUUGAACAUUUAUCAUGAUGAUUCUUGUUGUUCAUAUUGCAUUUGUAA